AUGCACAUCCUAUGGAACGAAACGAAUCGUAUACGUGGUAUAGUAGAAGGAUACGAUAAUAAUAUGAAUUUCAAUUUGCACGAUGAACCGAAUGAAAUUGAUCAUGUUAUAUCUGCUGAAGAAUUCGAAAGAAAUGUUAGAAGCAUGAAUGUAGAACAAUUCAAUUUAUUUAAUACUACUACUAAUCAUAUUAAACAAGAAUUUCAAGGACAAAUUGUUGAACCAUUAAGAUUGUUUAUUACAGAGGGAGCAGAAUGUGGGAAAACAUUCCUUCUAAAAAUGAUAGUACAACAGAUUAAACGAUGUUAUGCCCCUACUGUCGAUCAUUUAUUAAAACCAAUAUUUGUUGAUGUGACCGCUCUUACUGGUGUUGCAGCUAGAUUAAUUAAUGGGCGCACCUUGCAUGGUGCAUUAUUCUUGGCAGUAGAAAAAGGAAAACCUACAAUAUACAGACAGUUAUCGGAGCAACGUCUUGAAGAUGCAAGACGUAAAUGGCGACAUAUUAAUUGGCUAAUUAUAGAUGAGAUAUCAAUGGUUUCAUAUGAAAUAUUACGAUCAGUUCACCUUCGCCUUCAAGAAUUUAAAAACAAUAAUCAGUUAUAUGGUGGUGUUAAUAUACUUUUAUUUGGAGACAUUAUGCAAUUACCACCUGUAAAAGGAAAUUGGUGUUUUAAACAACCUGUAUGUUUUCAAAGUGAACCGCAUUUAUGGCGAUAUUUUAAUUUGUGUGAAUUAAAAGCAAAUAUGCGUCAACAAAAUGAUGCAGAUUUUGUUGAUUUAUUAAAUAAUUUAAGAGUUGGACAACUUAAUAUUGCACAAUACGAAAUGUUAUUGAAUAGAACAUAUGUCCCUCUAAUUAAUGAUUUUGCUGACGGAGAAGCUAUUCGUAUUUUUCCAACUAUACAAUUAGUUAAUUCAUAUAACAACAAAAUGAUUGACAAAUUGGCAGAGAGUCACAGAAUUUAUAUUAUAAAUGCACGAGAUGAGUCGAGAGAACCUGCAACUUAUGGUCAAAAACCUCCUGUUGCAGCAAUUCCUACUGAUCCUAAUAAUACUGGUGGUUUACUAUUUACGCUCAAACUUGCAGUAGGAUCCCGU